AUCUGCUCGACAAUGAAAACAAACUGCAUUCGAGUAUAGACCGCGCCAUCGUUCGGAUAUUUGGCGCGCUGGCAUGAGAUUAUUACAAUUUGCGCGGGAAAUCAUUGUCUGUCAAAUAUAUAUUUUUUAAUUCCAUGGACAUCAUAUUUGCGUUUAGGCACUGACUUUUCAAAAUUGAGUUAAGAAAAAGUGAAAACGUUUUAGUGAAAGUUUUCUUUAAAAAAAUAAGGAAACUAAAUUUACAAAUUUGUGCUUUACAACCAUGACUAUUUAUGGAAAAAUAGUUCAAAUAAUUUUAAUCAGUGUUUGAUUAUUUAAUAAAUCUGCAGAUAUUUAAGGUUUGAUAAAGAUGUCAGAUGGUAUCGAAGCCGGCGCCGGACUGGCGUGGCGCUUGCUUGCCACCCUCGAGGGAGGCUCCAUAUUACUGGCCACGUCCGCAUUGAUAGCUUAUACCGCUAGAGCCAGAGUUAGGAAACAUAAGCGACGCAGGGACGUGAAGACUGUUCUUGUAACAAACACAACAAACUCACUCGGCAAGGAAGUGAAGCGACGUCUGGAGGCGUGCGGUUGCAUAGUGCACACAGUACCGGGGGAGGCGACUAGCAACUCCCGAGUCGAUGCGCUUCUAGUUAUAGGCGCCGAGACUAGGCCCGGCUUGGACGGCAUCGCUAAGUUGGUUUCAGCUGACGUUUACGAUAAUUUAAAGUUACUGGAAUCACUAUCACAUUUAGUGCAACGUGGUGGAUGUAUUGCCUGGGCAUCAGCGGGUGCCCUGGACGACGUUUACAGUGAGGCCACGCGCGCGUUCGACGCAGUGCUUCGAGCCAGCUUGAACUACGUCGCUAAGAAAUCUCGCUGCGAAGCUAUUUGGAUCGACAAAGAUGAGAGCAUAGAACGGGUAGCAGAAAACAUAAUCGCUGCUCUUGUGCCCUGUGACACGAGGCAAAAUACAAGUGUACAACCGUACCCCAUAAGGAAUAUUGCAGUACAAAUAAGCAAGUUUUUUGGGCGAUGGUUUAAAAUAAUUACGUAGUUGGAAAACGGCAACA